AAGAUGGAUAUAAAAGGCGAAGAACUUUCAUCUUCAAUAUUCCUCUACCGAAACAGUUUUCUGCUCGUUGUAUCUGCUCUCCGAGUUCACGGUUUAACCAACUACCAUAAUGUUAGCCAAGUUCGUUGUUUUCGCAGCACUCGCCGCAGUGUGCUUUGCCCAGUAUGCACCAUACGCAAAGCCAGAUGAAAUCAAGUAUCCUCCUCAACCUUAUCAAUUCGGUUACGACAGCAAUGAUGAAUACGGAACUUCAUCUUUCCGUAAAGAAGCAGGAGAUGCCAAUGGCCGUGUCCAAGGUAGUUACGGUUACAAGGACGCCCAGGGCAUUGAACGAGUUGUGGAAUACGUCGCCGACGAGAAUGGAUACAGAGCACAGGUCAAAACCAAUGAACCUGGAACUGAAAGCAAGAACCCAGCUGACAUCGAAUUAUACGCCAAUCCCAUUGCUGUCAAUUGGGUUCAACCCCAGAGGUAUCAGGCACAGCCACAGCCACAAGCAUACAAACCCCAGUAUUAAGGACUAGGAUUUUCUGAAUUUCAUUCUUCGUCUUCUAUUUCCAGAAUGAACAUUAUGUUUGUCACAAAAGCAUUCGGAUCAAGAGAUGUAACAAGAGACAUCUUUCUCCAAAUAUGAAUUCGGAUGCUUCUUUGGGCGAACUCUCUUCAAAGCUGAAUCUGUUGUGAGAUUCCAUGUUUUUUCCCAAUGUCCCUUCUUUACACAGCUCUGUUUGCUGCUCUUUUGAUAUCUUUGUAAGAUAUGUUAGCUUGUAUAAUAAAUUAGGUUCACAAUAAAAUCAUUUUUAUGAAAAA